AUGGAACAGGAAAUGAUUGAUGGGUUGCAAAAUCUGUGUCUCACGAAAGAAGAAGAAGAAGGAAUACCCAUUACAACAAGAAGUAAGUCAGACCUGUUGGAAGAAUGUUCUUUGAGUCUCUUUGGUCGUCUACUCUCAGAUAGGCAGCAAAAUCAAAGAGCUUUAAAGAACACUCUGAGAUCCGCUUGGAAGAUGGGUUCGGAGCUGAAAAUGGUCGAUGUAGGGAAUGGUAUUACCCAGUUCAAGUUCAGUUCUAAAUAUCAAUUGGAGUGGGUGGAGAAUAGUGGCCCAUGGAAUUUUGAGAAUAAUUUGCUCCUCCUUUGCCGGUGGAAGAAGGGGCUCUCCACAGCAAAUAUAGUCUUUACCCAUUCUCCCUUUUGGGUACAACUUUGGGGCUUACCCUUUGAACAUAUGAGUGAAGAUGUGGGUAGGGACGUCAGAAACAGUUUGGGUUGCUUUCUAGAAAUGGACAAACGUCAUUGCCAAUCGGAUCAAGCUUUGUUUAUGCGUAUCAGAGUCGAGCUUCUUAUUGAGAAACCACUUCGCAGAGGGGGUAAUGUGGUGAGUCUUGAUGGAGAAAAGUUUUGGGUUAGCUUUAAAUACGAGAGGCUUCCCACAUUCUGCUUCUUGUGUGGCAAGCUUGGCCAUGAUGAUAAACACUGCCUGGAUUUCCCAAACUGGCAGUCCACUCCUAAGCAAUAUGGAGAGUGGCUGAAGGCAGGUGGGGUUUUCAAAGGGAACUCAAGCCAAUAA